AAAACCUGCGAACACUGCCUCCAAACUGCCUGGGGGGUGAUGUGCUGAAGUGGCACAGGGGAGAGCAGCAUGAGCCUCCAGCUGGAGAAGCAGCUCCUCUUCCUCUCCCUGCUCUGCAUUCUCUCCAAGGUUUGUGCCCAGCUCUGCCGAAGACCGUGCUACUGCCCCUGGGUGCCACCCCGCUGUCCCCGCGGCUCCCCCCUGGUCCUGGAUGGGUGUGGCUGCUGCAAGAUCUGUGCCCGGCGCCUGGGAGAGCCCUGCGACUUCCUGCACGUCUGUGACCAGAGCCAGGGCCUCGUCUGUGACUACAGCUCAGCAUCUGUGGGGACAGGAGGCACCUGCAACUUUGAGGACGAUGAGGAGGGCUGCGAGGUGAACGGCCGGCUCUACCGAGACGGUGAGGUUUUCCAGCCCAGCUGCAAAAUCCAGUGCCACUGCUUGGACGGGGGCUUCACCUGCAUCCCGCUCUGCCAGGAGGAUGUGCGGCUGCCCAGCCCGGACUGCCCCUUCCCCCGGCGCGUGGAGAUCCCCGGGAAGUGCUGCCCGGAGUGGAUCUGUGAAGGCCAGGACCAGCCCCUCCCCCGGGAUGCCAGGGCAGGUAAGAUGCAGGGCAGCUCCAGGGAGGGGAUGCCCACGCAAAUCUCCGGGGAUGGCCCCUUCACCCCAGGCUGUGAAACAUCAGCAGGAGACACCUCACAGGUUUCUCUGCCACGCUGGGCUUUGCUUGUAGCACCACAGGGUGCGCAGCACUUGCCUCCAACCCCCCUUUCCCCCAUGUCCUGUCUUGCAGCCCCCGGGGCGGUGUCCCCGCUGCUGCGGUACCCCUGCCCGCAGUGGGGCACGGAGUGGAGCGCCUGCUCGGCCACCUGCGGGCUGGGCUUUGCCAGCCGCGUGUCCAACCAGAACCGCUUCUGCCGCCUGGAGACCCAGCGGCGGCUCUGCACGGCCGGACCCUGCCCGGCCCUGCCCGCGGCGCUGCCGGCGAGGGCAAGAGGAGGUCGUUUGUAGCUGUGCCCACCCUGGAUUCACCCUGGAGCCAACGCCUCAUCCCGGCAAAGAGUCUGGCACAAACCCAUGGCACUGUGGUUAUGGUGGAGAUGGAGGGUGUUUCCACUGGGAAAACAGAGAAGAAAUGAUGGACUUUGGCUGCAAAGGAGGCUGGAACCAGAGAGCAAGAUCCCCGUGUCACUAUCACCUGCCUCCUGUGUACACCCCACUGCCCCAGGCAGGGUUACUGGGCAGCAUUCCGAGUUCCUUAGGCUGAAUGAAAUGGGAAAUGGGGAAACCCUACUCCAAGCAUAAACCCACCCAAGAAACCAAGAAAAUGGUCCUUUCCUGGACCAGUGGGGCUUCUGAAGAGAUGAUGCUACUUGUCUGCCACAUCAUGCCACUCUGCUUUGCAGGGACUUCAAGAGAGACCAUCUCCAGCACCUGGAAGCCAAAAUCCCUGGAGGGAACCCUCAUGCCCUGGCCCCAAGGAAGGGAGCAGGUCAUCAAGCUCCCUGUGACCCCACAAGUCACUGCCACACCAGGCUGAGCUCCUCAACCACGCAGGAGCUCAGCCCGCCCACGAUACCCACCCUGCCUUCCCGGGCAUGGGCAGGGUCCUCCUGACGGCAGCUCUAACUCACCUUCCCCUCAUCCCUCCAGAAUAAACACGAGCCUUCCCGCUCUGCCUGGCCUCCUCCUCUGGUGGUUUGGCAGGGCUUCGGCAAGCCAGGAGCUCAGACAGCAGCAGACAGACCCGCCUGCCAUCCAAGCACAUUCCCCGCGAGCCGGGGCCAGGGGAGAAGCAGGCAAAGGGAAAACAAAUCGCAAAGAUGAGUCGGGGCCGUCUCCCAACAGGUUGGAGCUGCUCCAGCCAUGCAGGAGUCGGCGCAGGAGAGCUGCUCGGCUGCUCUGGCUGUACUUGCUCCCAGUAAAAAGUCCUUCUGGUGAUGGAAAAUGAAACCCAAAUGCCCUCUAACGGCCUCGCACAGAUGUGCAGAGGGAACGCGCGUUCCGCCGCGGGAAGGGCAGCUGGAAGAAACGUGUCCAGGUGAGAGAUGGACUUCUUAGAUGGGUAUUUCUGGAAGUAAAAAUAAAGAUGUGCUCAUCCA